AACAGUAGAGAGGACGUCUCUGUCAACUUUUAUUUUUGCAGUUUCACGCGGAAAUGGAAAUGGUUGAGCAUUUGAGCUCGUUUUUCCUCCGACGUUCACUGACUCAAAAGUUUUAUUAUUUGUCAACCUGCUUUGCAUGGGACAGUGUAUUUUUCUCUCUCCGAUGACUUUUAGCUCCACAUCUUGUUCAGACUUCAGAAUAGAGCUGAAAAUUGAUUUCAAGGCACAGCAUAGAGCGAAGAGGAAAAGAUACUCCUUCGAAUCUUCGAUCGAUUCUUUGCACGGGUUGUUCUUGGGCCCUGGAGCCUUGUACUGUUGGGACGCUGUGGGCAAUAGGCAUCUGCUGUUGGCGAACGGCUUCGUCAGACUCUCGCGGCGCGCUCCACGCGCACGACGCGCACCCCGCGCACGACGCCGCGCUCCUCGCUCCGCUCGCACCGCUGCACGUCCCUUAGAUCAGGGGAUUAGUUAGGCCCAGGCAACUCCCAAGCCUUGUUGUACAUGUAUAAAUAUAAGCUCCAUUGAUCAAUGAAAGUUACGGUUGAUCCAAAUCUCCUUCUACAUGGUAUCAGAGCCCCUCUGAUCUUAGUCUUCCGCUACCUCUCCCUUGCUAGCCAUGUCGCACAGCUCCGGCGCUUCCGACGCCUCGUCCACCUCUGACGAAGAGCCUGUGCCGGCGCCUUCCACCUCUGUUCUUCAAACCGUCAACAUCCGCUCCCACGUCCCGGUCGUCCUCGAUCUCGACGUCUCCAACUACAGCCAGUGGCGCUGCAGCUUCGAAUCGGUCCUCGGCAAGUUCGGCCUUGAGGCCCAUGUUCAGGAGCCGCCCGCUCUCGACCUCCGCACUGCCGAGUGGCGCCGUGCGGAUCACUGCGUGGUCAAUUGGCUGCACAACUCCAUCGCCAAGAACGUCUUCGACGUCGUCUACAAGCCCCGCGCCUCUGCCUUCACCGUGUGGAGCGACAUCGAAGGCGUCUUCCGUGACAACGCCGUCCAACGGUCUGUCUACCUUGAGACCGAGUUCCGCUCGAUCAAUCAAGGUGACAUGACCAUCACGCAGUACACCGCCAAGCUGAAGCAACUCGCCGACGGCCUCCGCGACAUCAACAUGCCCGUGUCUGAGCCCAGCCAGGUGCUCAACCUCCUGCGCGGCCUCAACACCAAGUUCCGCUCCCUCCGCGCCAGCAUCGCCGACCGGAAUCCGCCACACACUUUCAUGACCGCGCGCUCCUACCUGCUGCUGGCGGAGCUCCAGAUGCAGCACGACGCCAAGGCUGAAGCCGGGGAGGCCCUCUACGCCGGCACCGGGUCUUCCUCCGGCACCUCCGACACCACCGGCCAGCCUCGUCCCAAGGGACGGGGCAAGCGUCGUGGCCGGGGCGGCGGCGCCCCACCUGGCGGCGCUCCUUCGACUCCUGGCGGCGGCGCUGGUGCCGGGCACGACGGCCAGCCUCGCCCUCCUGCGCCUUGGGGCUACAACCCCUGGACAGGCUUUGUCCAGGCCUGGCCUUUCCCGUUCCGGGCUCCCGGCGCGGGUGUGUUGGGCCCUCGCCCGCCGUUCCAGGCCCAACAGGCCAUGACCGCGCAGCACCUGCUUCCGGCUCUUCCUCCGGCAUCUCCAGGAGUUCAAUCCACCGGCGCCUGGGACAACAGUGCGCUCUACAGCGCCUUGCAGUCCGCCGGCGUCGCCACCACCACUCCUCCGAGCGCUGCGGAUUGGUUCCUCGACACCGGUGCGUCAGCACAUAUGUCCUCCACCCCUGGAUCUUCAAACUCAGGUGGUGAAGCUCCGCUGUGACAGCCCGGGUGACCUGUACCCCCUGCGUCUGCCAUCGCCACACGCCCUCUCUGCGACUUCCUCGCCGUCGGUGGAGCAUUGGCAUCUGCGGCUCGGGCACCCUGGCUCUGCUUCCCUGUCCAAGGUUCUUGGUUCCU